AUGGUCUCUGAGAAAAGCGGCGGUGUCUUAUUGGCGGAUUUCCCCAAGUUACCACUUCCUCAAAAUCGCAUCGAUGAACUUGUGCUGUCGUCGGUUGACUGGGCACAGGCUCAUGGACUGGUUAUGAGAACAAAGGAACACAAGGAUCGUAGCGAUAUCUGUCAGCAUGCCCCUUUUGCCCUUCUUCCUACACCUUUCCCUCGGAAACUGUUUGAACAGGCUGUUAAUGUCCAGAAUUUAAUGGCCAAGCUCUACCAUGAGAUCGCUUAUGACUUCGAGUUCUUGAUAGAAUCUCAUAAGGAUGUCGUGAAGACCGAUGCGUUCACACGAGGCUUAAUCGAUAUUCUCAAGAAGGUCAGGGAUGAAGGGCUUUCGCAAAGAAAAACGCUAGUCAUCCAGCGGUCAGAUUAUAUGUGUCACAAAGAUCCUUUCUCAUGUGAAUAUCUUCUCAGACAGAUCGAGGUGAAUAACAUUGCAUCUAGUAUGGGUGCUCAUGCAGAAAGGGUGACAAAGAUGCAUAGGCGAACAAUGGCGGAGCUUGGCUAUGACAAGGAGACCAUAGAAAAGGCUAUUCCUAAGAAUGAGCCGAUUAAGAUGAUCGCAGAAGCCCUGUUCAAAGCAUGGUAUGGAGGAGUUGGGUCUGCUGAUGUAAAUCAAAAUCAGAUCGAUCAGAGACAUGUUGAAUAUGCACUUGAGGAUAUGGGUGUACCUGUUGAUCAGAUUGUCCGAAAAACUUUAUCCGAAUGCGACCAGUGCCUAACCUUAUCGCCUGAGCGUCAUUUACUUUUGUUGGGCUCGCAGGUGGCGGUUGUUUACUUCAGAGCCGGAUACUCUCCUGACAACUACCCAUCUGAAAAAGAGUGGUCUGCUCGUCUUUUGAUUGAAAGGUCAGAUGCAAUUAAAUCCCCAUGGAUUGGUCUUCAGGUCGCAAAUACGAAGAAAACUCAGCAGGUGCUUGCGCAAGACGGUGUUGUUGAACGAUUCAUUGGCCAUCCACGUGAGGCGGCAGCAAUACGAGCAACUUUUGCUGGAAUAUGGGCUAUCAAUGACACUUCACCGAUUACAGAAAAGUUGGUCAAGGUGAAUCCGCGUCCUAAACAAUUCGUGCUAAAACCACAAACUGAAGGAGGAGGUGGGAACUUUUACGGUGAAAAAAUGGCCGAGAAACUGCGGUCAAUGUCACAGGAUGAGAGAGGAGCCCAUAUUCUCAUGGAGCGGAUUCAUCCGCUUGUGCAAGAGAAUUAUCUCGUUCGAGCAAUGCAACCAGUGAAAAUGUCGAAGGUUGUCAGUGAACUUGGAGUGUACGGCUAUGCUCUUGGAGAUCGAGGUCUAGCGGAGGUCCGGCAAGGUGGCCAUCUUUUACGCACGAAGGGUGAAGACAUAGAUGAGGGAGGUGUUGCCGUGGGAGCAGCUGUUAUUGACAGCCCAUUCCUAUACGAACUCCUUUGA